AGUGGACAGAUUCCGUCUGUGUUUGAGCACGAUAGAAUUAAGUUGUGGUAUUUCACACCGUGACUAUAUGACAGUGCUCGUUUCCUGUGGACUACUCUCCUUGCAUCUUUAGUCUUAGCUUUUCACCAAGGAAACGCAUGAUUAGUCAUAUUGGCUCGUGAGAUGCACUCUGGUUCACAGCCUCGUGCCCGGCACCUAUAUUACCCCUCUUUAUCUUUUCGCCAGAACAGCCCAACCUACAAUUCCGAACCCUAAUUUCGUCGCCAUCGUACCUACCUACGUUUAACAUAGGCUUUUAUGCCGUGUCCCUCCAAAUGGAUGGUUUAUCCUCGGUAUCGAGCGUUAUCGCGCUCAUUCAACUAACGGGAAGCAUCGUGAAGCUUUGCGGAGGCUACAUUCAAGAGGUGAAAGAUGCACGAGCUGAAAUCUUCACCCUACAACAGGCGAUUGCAACCCUCCAAGGCAUAAUCCAAGAACUGCAUAAAUUCCUUCAAAGUAAUGACCGAAAUUCCCUACCUACCUCUUCACAACUAGCCAGUAGCAUUACCGACUGCCUCUCCGACCUCCGAGCCUUAGAAGCAAGAGUCGAUUCAGGGAAGGGAAAGAAGCUGAUGAGGAAAGUGGGAUUACGAGCCUUAAAGUGGCCCCUGAAGCGCGCAGAGGUAGAAGGUAUUAUUCAGAGCCUCGAGAGGUAUAAAUCUUCAUUCCUCUUAUCUUUACAGGUGGAUCAGACUUCUCUUAUGGUUGGCGUGGCCCAGAACACCGAUCGUAUUAAUCAAUAUUUGAAUCUUGGGAAGUUGGAAGGCGUGAUGGAGGCGGGGUUUGAGUCAUUCUCUGAUCGAGACGAAGUCCAAUGUCUUCAAGGCACUAGGACCGAGCUUCUCCAGCAUAUAAUGGAAUGGGCUAUAUCGCCGUCCCAAAAACGCAUUUUCUGGUUGAAGGGAAUGGCUGGGACAGGAAAAUCAACAAUAUCUCGGACUGUGGCAAGGUCGCUCAAGGAUAUCAACCAUCUAGGUGCUAGCUUCUUCUUUAAGAGGGGUGAAAGGGACCGAGGAAAUGCGAAGAAGUUUUUCCCGACAUUAAUAAGGCAACUGAUGCUCGGGAUCCCCGGGCUGAGGUUUGGUGUGCAAGAGACACUUGAUCAUGACCCUGAUAUUGCGUCAAAAUCGCUCAGGGAGCAGUUUGAGAAGCUAUUUCUUCAAUCACUGCUGCAUCUUAACCAACUCGGCCAACCUCAAACCGCUGUAAUGGUGAUCGACGCUUUAGACGAAUGUGAACACGAUCAAGAUGUCCGAAAUAUAAUUCGAUUACUGCCUCUUCUACAGAAGGUAAAAGCGAUUGACCUUCGGAUCUUCUUGACUAGCAGGCCUGAACUCCCAAUUAGUCUCGGCUUUUCAGAGAUUGCGGAUCAUGAAUAUCAGGACCUAGCUCUUCAUAAGAUACCCGAAGAAGUGACUGAACACGAUAUACAUUUAUUCCUACGGGACCAGUUUGCGAAGGUCAAACACGAUAGAAAUAUUUCUCAAGACUGGCCCGGCGAUAACGUUAUUCAAGAAUUGGUCACAAUGUCCGUUCCACUGUUUAUUUCAGCUGCCACGGUGUGCCGUUAUAUCAAAAAUUCAAAAUGGGAACCUAAAUUGCGUCUCGCAGAGCUUCUUAUAGACCAAACCAAAUAUGUAUCAAGAAUGGAUAGAACAUAUCUACCAAUUCUGACUCGACUACUGGACGAUCAAGAGAGUGAUAAGUCAGAGCAGCAGCAGCUUCUACAAGAGUUUCAGGAAAUAAUUGGCGUCAUCAUCCUUUUUCUUAUUCCGUUUUCUAUAAAUGCAUUAUCACGGUUUCUUGGGAUAGGAGUAGACCAGAUCAGUAAUCGAUUAGAUUCAUUCCGAUCGGUUCUAAGUAUCCCAGAUGACCGAGAUCAGUCUAUUAGGAUUCUACAUCUAUCAUUCCGGGAUUUUUUGGUCCAGUCUAGAACCAAGUUUUAUGUGAAUGAACCAAAAAAGCAUAAAGAUAUUGUUAAAUGCUGUCUUAAAACCAUGCAAAGUUAUCUGAAGAAAAAUAUCUGCAAUCUCGAAGGUCCUGGAAUACAAAUAGCAGCAAUCGAUCCUCAAUCUAUCCACCAGCAUAUACCACCAGAAUUACAAUAUUCCUGUCGUUACUGGACAUACCACCUUGAAAAAAGCGAAGCCCCGUCUUCUGAGAUGGAAGAUAUUCUGUUCUUUCUCCAGGAGCAUUUCCUGCAUUGGGUGGAAGCAAUGAGCCUUCUAGGCGCUGCAAUGGAAUUAGUAGGGAUGAUCAAUCUUCUCCAGACGAUUAUACCAGGCGAAAACCAUUCCGCAAUGUCAGAAUUUCUCAAUGAUGCAAAGCGCUUUGUCCUUCGAAAUUGUCAGACAGCUACAGAGGCGCCCCUUCAGCUUUAUUGUUCAGGUCUCGUAUUUGCGCCUCAGGAGGCGCUAAUACGCAAAAUCUUCAAUAAAGACCUUCCUACUUGGUUAUAUAGGUUGCCAGAGGUUGAAGAAACUUGGAGCGCAGAAUUGCAGACUCUCGAGGGCCAUUCAAGUUUAGUUCAAUCGGUGGCAUUCUCACCUGAUGGUCGGCUACUUGCGUCCGGCUCCCAUGAUAGAACAGUCAAGCUCUGGGAUACUGCUACAGGUGCCUUACAGGAGACUCUUGAGGGUCAUACGCAUUCAGUUCAGUCUGUGGCAUUCUCCCCGUUUAGCAAGCUUCUUGCAUCAGGCUCCGACGAUAAAACAGUCAAGCUCUGGGAUACAGUUUCAGGUAUCUUACAGCAGACUCUUGGGGGUCAUACGCAUUCAGUUCAGUCUGUGGCAUUCUCCCCGUUUAGCAAGCUUCUUGCAUCAGGCUCCGACGAUAAAACAGUCAAGCUCUGGGAUACAGUUUCAGUUCAGUCUGUGGCAUUCUCACCCGACGGCCAGGCCCUGGCGUCUGGUUCUGAUGACGAGACGGUCAGGGUCUGGGAUUUAGCCACAGGCACCUUACAGCAGACUUUCCAAGGCCAUGCAGGUUCUAUUCGUUCUGUGGCAUUUUCACCCGACGGCCGGGUCUUGGCAUCUGGUUCUGAUGAUGAGACGAUCAGGGUCUGGGAUUUAGCCACAAGCACCUUACAGCAGACUUUUCAAGGCCAUACAGGUUCAGUUCGGUGUGUGGCGUUUUCACCCGACGACCGCGUCAUGGCGUCCGGUUCCGAUGAUGAGACGGUCAGACUUUGGGAUGUCGCCACUAGCGCCCUAAAGCAGACACUCAAGGGCCAUAAAUAUUUAGUUUGUUCCGUGGUAUUUUCCCCAGAUGGCCGACUUGUGGCAUCUGGCUCUAGCGAUGAGACAGUUAAGCUCUGGGAUACCUAUACGGGCGCCUUACAGCAGACCUUCGCAGGUCAUACAAGUUCAAUUCGAUCUGUGGCGUUCUCUCCAGAUGGUCGACUGCUGGCAUCUUGCUCCCGUGAUAAGACAAUCAGAUUAUGGGAUACCAACAGGGGAAUUCAGCUGCAGAAUGUUAAGCGCCAUUCAAAUUCGGUUCGGUCUAUGGCGUUCUCUUUCGACGGCCUAUCCCUAGCAUCCGGCUCAUUUCGAUCAGUCAGGCUAUGGAAUAUCGAGAGCGGCGUCGAGCAGCAGAAUAUUUCGGGCAAUCUAGGCUGGGUACAUGCUUUGGCAUACUCACCCAACAGCCAAAUCCUGGCGUCUGGUUCCGAUGAUAAAACAGUCAGGCUCUGGGAUACCGUUACAGGUGCUCUACAGCGGACUUUUGAGGGCCAUUCGGCUUCAAUUAGUUCUCUAGGAUUUUCGCCUGACGGACAGCUGCUAGCAUCUGGCUCUGAAGAUAAAACAGUCCGACUCUGGGAUACAGUAACAGGGGCGCUGCGACAGACUCUAGGAGUCGCCGGAGUAGUCACUGAGCUUAAAUUUUCUCAUGAUGGCUCAUAUAUCAGCACCAACCUCGGACCCUUUGAUUUUCAGCUCGGGUGUUACAAUUAUACCUCUAGUUCAACCCUGGUGAAUACAGAGAUAACAGAUAUAUCUAUACAGCAGGGGGAGUGGAUAGCCCUGGGUGGUGAUAAAGUGCUCUGGCUUCCUCCCGAGUUUCGGCCUAGUUGUUCGGCGAUUAAGGAUCGUAUAAUUGCCCUGGGACACGCAUCAGGGCGGAUUUCCUUCCUAGGAUUUCGAGCAUAGACAUCAAUGAUUUUUCUUUUCUUUCCGUCCUCUACUUCUC